UUAUGCUAGACACGUGUUCGUUGAUUGGUCAAGUAGUUAGCUUUCACCAAUGAAAUUAGCUUUAACAACAAAAUAUAGGCUAGGCCUAGGCCUACCUAAAAGUAGGAGGGCCGAUAGAAUCUAAAUCUAGUGCAGGCAGCAAAAAGAAAGGGAACAAAAAGUUAGCCUUAUCUAUUCCGCGAAAGUGCAGUUCAAACACAUGAAUUUAUAGAUCUAUUGAAAUUAAAUAGACUAUCCUAAAAUAUGCAACUUCUAUGCAGUUUUUAAAUUAAACAUCAUAGAUCACUUUCAACUCAGUUAGCCUACCUGGGCGUUGUCACUUUCAACAGGGUAGACCAUAGAGAGAGACUACUCAGCACUGGUCUAAAGAUCUACUUUCGAUUUCACAAAGAUGUUAUCAGAUUGAUUGAUUUGGAAACUGCCAGCAUGUCGUCCCGUCGAAAUGUAGAACUGCAGAAGUUUAUUCUAAAAGAUGUACAAAAGGUGGAAAGCAGUCGAAUCUACGCCAGGCUUGCGUGUCCCUGGCCACGUCCUCCAAUUUUGGCAAAUCCAGUGUCUCUAUAUAGCUUCCAGAUGGUCUUCCUCAUUUCUUUUUCCAGCUCCAUCUUCAGUGUACUACAUUCCCAAUUUUAUUAGUGCUGAUGAAGAGCAGUUCUUGUUGAACAAAGUCUAUUCAGCCCCUAAACCAAAGUGGACACAGCUUUCACAUAGAAAGCUGCAGAAUUGGGGGGGUAUACCUCUUCAGAAAGGCAUGGUAGCAGAGCCUUUACCCACAUGGCUAAAGACAUAUGCAGACAAAAUACAUGAACUUGGAGUAUUUGAAGACAGAUGUCCUAAUCAUGUUUUGGUCAAUGAAUACCUGGCAGGACAAGGCAUCAUGCCACAUGAAGACGGACCAGUGUUUUACCCGACUGUUUCAACCAUUAGUCUUGGAUCUCACACAUUGUUGGACUUCUACUACCACUUGACAAAUACAGGAAACUCGGCACCUUCAGAUUCAAAAGAUAACCCUUCAUGUGAAACCUCUGCUUCAGAAGCAGUUUCAUCAUUCAAAGACCGACAUUUCCUGUCUGUUCUUUUGGAACCAAGAAGCCUUGUUUUAGUGUGUGACGAGAUGUACAAAGUUCAUCUACAUGGCAUAGAUGAGAGGACUUGUGAUGUAAUUACCGAGAAAGUUGCUAAUUUGGACUUUAUCUCAGCCAAAGUUGGUGAUCAACUGGAAAGGGGCACUCGUGUGUCCUUGACAAUCCGAAAUGUGCCAAAGGUCUUGAAAACUAGUUUAUUUUUUAACAGAAAGUAAAGUUCUACUCCAGUGGUCAACAAACCAGCUGCUGUGUACUGUGAAUGUCAACAAUCUCAGACACACUUGAAGGAGUCCCUGUUAUUUUUAGUAACCUUCCAAGUGUUGUCAGAAUAUUUAAUUGACUGUAAUUCCGUUACUGUUCUGUCAGUUUCAUUACUAUUACUCAUGUUUGUCAGACCUCGAUUUUAUUUUAGGAUUAUGAUUAAAAAAUGAAUGUCAGACUGGACGAAGUUGUUGACUGUACAGUUCGCUAUGGGCUACACAAGUCUAUACAGUGGGUGUCGCAUUCAACGAGGUCACAUUCAACGAGAAGUCGGCUCCAAUGAGGCAAUCCUUAAUCCCCAAUUUUUUCCUCUAUAUCUCUUUGUAAUUAAAUGUACGUCUGCUCCAACGAGGUAGUAAACAGACAGAAGUCGCUUUCAACAAGGUCGCGAUAACUAAACAAAAGCAAUUGAAUUAGCGGCCCCAAAACGAAAAAAUUUUCUACUUUAUCUCCAUCUCACGCGAAGCACAAGGCCCAUCGCCUAUUCCGAACACAUUGUAUUGCUAGAUCUAGUGUGCCUCCUAAUAUGGGCGCCAAAGCCAAUAGGAUGGGCGAGGGUUAGCCUAUGGUAGGGAUGGGAGGGGGUGGGUGGGAACGUGAUGCGCGCUGUGUGAAACUGGAUGAACUCUGGAUGGGUAGGUCUGGAUCAAGACCUUUUUUUUCAAUUUUCUUUUCUUCUCCUGAUCACAAAAUCCAAGCUUCCGCCUUUACUUUAUAUGUAGAUAUCUAGGCCUAGAUGUGAGAGGAUAUGUUUCCUCACGAGAAGUGUUCCGAAAAAAAAAAAUUUUUU